ACUCGCUCAACUUUUGAAUUUUGAUUACGGCGGGAAUACACAUUCCUACACCACAAGUGUCUUCUGAUUUACGUUGUGUGUCGAGUAAGCACAACGUUAGGACACAAUUAUAAACGAGAAGAAGUAUUAGGGCACUUCUUGUUGUUAGAACAUUUGUCACGGAGUUUCUUCCGUAUAAAUAAACAGCGUUUUUUAAAGCAUCUAUGAAUCAACACAAAAAGUCCACAAACAAACAUAUUGGUAUCUAAACCAAUGGAACGUAGACGUUCUACUAAAAGAGCUGCUCCAAGGAAAUCUGAGCCUGCUCCCGAAGAAAGGUAGCCACUUUCAAUGAAAUAAAAUAAAUACCUUUUAGGUUUUUCGUUAACCCAUCAUCUAUCAGCCCGCAUCUCUUCUGUCCUAUAUGCCAGGAGGCAUUUUCUAAUCCUCAACGUGCACCAUGCGGCCACUCAUUUUGCAAAAGUGUAAGUGUUAAGUGUCUAAAUAUCACUUUACCUAAUAAUGUAUAUUUGUUUAUACAACGGCUGUAUUUGGUUGUUGGUAACUAGCAGUAUAAUCGAGGAUGCACAUUUUCUCCUGUAUGGGACUCAUCAACUAAGAGUGCUCGUAGUAGGUAACAACGUGCUUACAGAGACUGCACUUUUUAGAGCCUUGAGAUCUAGUGCGUUUCGAGGGUAUAGUAUCAAUAAAUAUACGUGAAUAACAUUGCAGGGUGACUAGGAUAAUUUGAUACAUUAUAUAUACCUUUCGGCAGAAUAGUACUGACAGUAGUAGGGAAGCAAAAGGAUGGGGAUGGGGUGACAGGGAUAAAGGAGAAUGAUGAUCAGGAGGACUUGGUGUGCUUAUUAUUCUUUUUCCCUCAUUCACACUUCUGUUUGUUAUCUCUCGUUUGAAUUUCUCUUAACUGUCUUCUCUUGCCUUGUGUACUACAUGGAGGAAGUGUGGCAACUCGAACUGCUGUACAUCUGUGCCAAGUUCUCUGUUGAAACCAGUCAGUGAGUUAUUUGUUCUAUUAAUCUGUAAUUCAGUGGGAUCUAAAAAUUCAAGAGAAAUCGAAGAGAAUCGGGCUAAUCAUUACUCGUGUGAAGCACAUUCACUUGUCCGCACACCGUAAUAAUAAUAAUAAUAAAUACCAGUACAUGAAUGAAAACAAAAGAAAUUCUUCAUAUUGAUUUUUUAUCCAUAAAAUGGAAAUGUUCAUUAAACACACAGGAAUGUAGUAAAUUUCCUAAUAUAUAUAGAUUUUUUUGUACUGUAUUGUUUUUACCGUCUUUGCUUUUAGUGUAUCGACCCGUGGAUUCGUGACUCGCCUACCUGUCCGGUUGAUCGUUUGCCUAUCCCAAAAGGAUCGAUGCAUCAUGAUUUUAUAGUUGAAAAUAUAAUAGGCGAUUAUAAGGUAUCAUGUCCUUGGCGUUCUCUAGGAUGCGAUUUUAUCGGUCGCUUGUGCAUUUUACCCAGUCAUAAAAAAACGUGUCCAAUGAAUCCUGAACUACUUCCUGCAGAAUUACGUAAUCGUCUUAUGGUUGGUUUACAAAAUACAACUACAAACAGAAAUCAAUCUUCAGACUUGAAUUGUUAUUCUUAUAAUGAAAAGCUAUCGACAGCUCGACAGGAACCUACCCCUCCUGCAGUCAUAAAUAUCAGCACAAAUGAUGACAGUAAUGAAAGUCAUGCAUCAACUAGUCAUGAGAAUAGUGUAUUGUCACAGAGUGUUAGUCCCACUCUAUAUGACACUAGAAAUAAUGAAAGUGUUGAUGAAGAUCACCUUUUGCCUGCUCCACCACCUAGCCUGUUGUUUCGAUUAUAUCAGAAUUCAGAUGAGAAUGGUCGCCGUCUAUUACUUAACUUUCUACAAAGUGAUCAACGUUCCAUAAUAAAUACUGAAUCUACUUCUACUAGUGCAGGUAAUAAACGACGCCGUAGACAGUGAAAUCAAUGUGAUCCAAUCCAUUUACAAUUUGAAUGGCAUUUGUGUAUUCGUGCAUUUAACAAUCAUUGAGUGUAAAUUUCAAAUUGAAACUCUUCUCUGGGCAAUUUCUCUUGAUUUUGAAUGUGCACACAUGCUGUAAAUAUACGUGUUGUUUGUAAUAUAAUAUAUAAUAUAUGUAUUCAGGGAACAUUUUAAAUUUUGUUAACA